AUGACUACUGCAUCACCCAUUGACGGAAGCAAAUAUUCAAACACUGGACAAGCGGGUGCAUACGCUAACAGUGCUUAUUCUCCUUCAACAACAACAAACGGAUCAAACAACAACAUGUAUUCCCAACACGGUCAUCACCUUCAUGCAAAUGCAUACGGAAGCAGUACUGCCAACACUGGCAGCAAUCACCAUACAUCCUCCACCGAUACAGGCUUAGCACCUCAAUCAAGCUUUGAUACCGUUCCUGGCUCUCAGCAUACCGGCUCUCUUCAUCAAUCACCAAGCAGUGGUGGAGGCGGUUGGGGUCAAAGCAUGCAUUAUAGCAACAGCACAAACGGUGCAAAUGCUUAUAACAGCCAAGCCCAUGGCAUGUAUGGCUCAGGCGGUUAUUACGGUAGCGCUGGUGGUGCUCAAACUCCUUCAGGUGCAGUUACCGGUAGCAAUGGUGCUGGAAGUGGAGCGUAUUCCGCUUAUGGAAUGCAACCACAUCAAGGUGGCCCAAAUGCAGGUGCAAAUCAACCACAUUCUGCCUAUAGCGGAAGCGGCGCUUUGGCCGGUGGUUUGAAUGGUAGCACUGGUGGUGGUUCCGCUCAUCAUAGCGGAUCAAGCACGCCAACUUCGCAAACUCCUUAUCAUCAUCAACAUCCUCAUUCCGUCGGCAGCGUUUUCCCUUCCCCUCAAGGUUAUCCGACUCAUCAUCAAGGUGGUUAUUAUGGUGCUCAUGGAAAUGCAUCUUCUAAUAGUGUGAGUAGUGUUUUGUUGUGUUCUUUUUUGAUUUCACCGGACUCCGACCUGGGACGGAAUUCUUUUUGA